AUGCGCACCCCCCCCAACCAACCCUUGUCAUUGGAUGUCUUGGACAAUGGGGUUGUCCCCCAAGAAACGGGCCACUUGAAUGAUGGACGAGUCCCGCAAUUAGCAGACAAACAAAAUGACCUUGGACCCAAUCCUGAGGCGGAUGACCUGGUCAGCAAUGCCGUCAGCCCCAUUAUGCCUACGCCUGUCAAUGUGAACCCAACUGCUGUAGAAGUCCAUGAGCUCUUACAGGGGCCACAAGCGUUGGCCAAUGUUAUACGGCUCAUCCUAGCCCGCAAGGGACAAGCGAUUGCGCCAAGCGUGAGCCCAAAUCCAGCCGGUCCAUUUAUAUACGGGCCUGUCAUUAAAACGCACUUUGCAAACGGUGGUGUGAUCAACAACACACCAUUACACUUAAUCCAAGCGCACAUCCUUGCAAAGCCGGCCAAAUGGCGGGACACCAAUCUACCACGUGGAGUCAUAAGCAAUGGCACGCUAUCCACUGAGCAUGCUCAAGGUCUGAACCAAUUCCUUUGUACCAUGGUCAAACACAAACGGACCACCUUGCGUAACAUACUCUUGACACAAGUCCGACCAGACGCACGCCGACGAGCACCUGGCCCAGUUCCCUGA